AUGACUCAUCUUCUGCCAGCUGACAGAAGGAUGGAUGGAGGGAAGAAGGGAGGAGAUGGACAGAGCUCCAGGGAAACAGCCUUCACUUACUCCAUCAGCGCGGCCGGCGUUGUCAACGCCAUCAGCCGGGCCUGCCGUGAGGGCGAGCUCUCCACCUGCGGCUGCAGCCGUUCUGCUCGACCCCGUGACCUGCCACGCGAUUGGCUGUGGGGCGGUUGCGGCGACAACGUACAUUAUGGCUACCGAUUUGCCCGGGAGUUUGUGGACGCCAGGGAGAGAGAGAAGAAUUACCCGCGUGGUUCUGCUGAGCACGCCCGAACACUGAUGAACCUGCAGAAUAAUGAAGCUGGGAGACAGGCAGUCUAUAACCUCGCAAAUGUUGCCUGUAAGUGUCACGGCGUCUCAGGUUCCUGCAGUCUGAAGACCUGUUGGCUCCAGCUGGCCGACUUCAGACGUGUUGGAGAGUUCCUGAAGGAGAAAUAUGACAGCGCGGCCGCCAUGCGCAUUGGACGCAAGGGCAAGCUGGAGCUGGUAGACAAGCGCUUCAACACCCCGACCCCGGAGGACCUGGUCUACAUUGACCCCAGCCCCGACUACUGUCUCCGCAACGAGACCACGGGCUCGCUGGGCACGCAGGGCCGCCUCUGCAACAAAACCUCGGAGGGCAUGGACGGCUGCGAGCUCAUGUGCUGCGGCAGAGGCUACGACCAGUUCAAGAUCUACAAGCACGAGCGCUGCCACUGCAAGUUCCACUGGUGCUGCUACGUCAAGUGCAAACGCUGCUCGACGCUCGUGGACCAAUUUGUGUGCAAAUAGCACGCUGACAGAUGACAGACGGUUGGAAGGGGAUGAAAAAGGAGGCGAGGAAAAGAAGAUAAAGAGGGAGGAGGUGACGGGAUGAUGGGGGGUGAAGGAUAGAAUUAAUUUUCAGGGUUUUGUUCAGGCUACGCUAAGACACACAAGUUCCAUUUUCUGACCAGUUUCAUCUCCACUCCAUUUAUAUCUUUUAUCUAUUUAUAUCGCCUGCCUUUUCACGAGCAAAAGCUGCAUAACACCUAUGUGGACGGUUUUUUGCACAAUGAUGGAUAGAUAGAUAGGUAAGAAGAACAAAUGGAUGCAAGUAGGAAUGUGAUUUCUUUCUUGCUUUUUGGACAACUCUGACUUUUAUUUUUCUCACCACUCCAUCAUCACUUUCUGCUGUCCUGUAUAAUUAUCCUGAUCACAACCCUGAAGGAAGGAGGGAUGUAAAGAAGGAAAGACAAACAAAAUGGAUGAACAAAGAAGGACAUCAAGGAUAAACGGACCUAGGAAGUGGAACAACUGGAUCCUAAAAAGGGGCCACAUACGACUAGUGUGAUGUGUGUGAUAACAAAGUUAUACGAGAUGAAAUAAAUAUAUAAUUAAAUAAUAAAUAAACAUACAACUCUGAUUGUUAUUUAAAGAGACUCAAACAAACCUAAGGCCCAGUUUGGACCCAUUAAACUCUGUUCAUGUGUUCGGGAAUCAUUACAAUCAUCAUGGAAUUUGAAGCCAUGUGAGUGCUGAACGGUGUCGCCGUGUCUCUUUCAAAGAACGUUUGACCGUUAAUCCUGCUAGAGCUGCGCUGACGUUGCUCCACACACUGUACAGAGAACACCAGAAAUGCAGAAAAGUCCAGACUGAAACAGGCAGAUGAGAGCGGGUAGGAGAGGAAUCACUUUUUGGCGGAGCAAAACGGAAAGAGGGUGAUUGGAGGGGAUAGAGAAAGAAGGACAAAGUUAAAUGAACUGAGGACUCAUUUUGCAACAAAAUGCAGGACACACUUUCACAAGCCACACAGCUGAUUGGGAAACUCAAGCACGGGAAUUUCCAGCAGUAGAUUUCUUAUUAGAAAAUGUAUUAAAGUUCAAUAAAAACACUUAAUCUUCAAGUCAAAAAGGACUAAUGGCUUACAGGACAUGCUCCAUCCAUUUGUCCCAGUGUAACUAUUGCAUAUUUCCAGCACCUGUGAGCUGACAAGCAGGUUAAUGAGGCUCGCCGGUUGCGGCCAUCUUGACAACCGUGGCUGUUUAAACAAGCGGCUCCUGGUCCAUGACCUUCAUCUGACAGUAAAGUGAGCAGAACCUCCAUUAGUGAGAUUAAUGUGCUGUAUCUGCCUUAAUGAACCCGCACUAAGAGACACGUUCACUGUGAGUGGACCUUUAUCUCGUGUUGUUAUGCAACUUGUCAAGUCAACAAAAAGCUCUGUGGUGUCCAUGAUGGUGUUUGUGCAGUUUUGCCACCAAUUUAACAUUUUAUAAUGCUGUUAUACCAUGAAUUUUGCAGUUUGUAUGAGUUGGGUUGAGAAUAUUCUAUGUAAUCCGAUCGAUAGACCCAAACAUGAGUGGACAGAAGAGGACUGAACAUGCUGUGGAAAAAUGAAUGUGUGAGCGUGGAAAAACAGAGGACUGCAAUUUAUUAUGUUCUACUUUAAAAAGAAGUAGUAGAUAAGAAAAGAAGGUAUAUUUUAUUAUUGUUUUUCAUUUUCUAUUUUCUAUGUUUUAUACGUGAGUAUUAUUGUGUAUUCUUUUGAUAAACUAGUCUUCGACAAUGAGGCUUUGUUCUGUUUUUGAGUCAGCUGCAGUUCUUUGGGAGAAGUCUGAUUCCAGGCAACACUUUUCACUCUGUUCCCCACAAACUGGAGAACUAAAGGCCUCCAGUUUAGUUCAAUGAUGCUGCGAUUUCUGAAUACGGAAGUAAUGCAGCAAAUGACCUGGUGCCAUUCACAACAACGAUGCCAAAAUUAUAAAUCAGAACAUCCACAAUGAAUAUAAAAGUAAAUUAUGUUGGCACAAAUUAAAGAAAUAGACUAAUAUGAUAAGUCAUUCUAGACUGAAGCACGUAUGACCAUUUUUUCUUUCACUAAUUAUUGCAAGUCAUUUGUAAUGUAGAGUAUUUUUCUUCUGACGUGAAUAGUAAACGUCUGUAGAAGUGACAGUGAUGCAGAAUUGGCUUUUAUAAUCACCGCUCAGCUGAGUUUAGUAAAUGGCUCAUUAUUUCAUCGUUUUCAAGGAAAUUUGUGACACUGUCACACCAAAACUCCGUAGUAAUGAAAUUCUUGUUGAAGACAUUAAACCUGUGAAGCUAAAGCUUUGAGCUGGA